CGGGUACUUCCUCAAUCCGCCCGUUGAAAUCCCCAAAACCCUAAAUUAUCGCUCCUUGUUCCUCAAUAAAAUUAGGGUUUCAAAUUUAACUGCUCUCCUCUCUAUUAUCGAAGUGCCCUUGCUCCAAGGAAAUUUCUGAGAAAUGAAGAGGGGAGCAGAUGAUGAUGCUUCAGCUCCUGUUCCGAAAAUGAAAUUCACGCCGAAAAAACCACCGAGGAAGCUAACAAAAAAAGUUGCGAGCAAAAAGGCACCAGAAGACAAUCGCAUUAAUAAGGAGUUGCUAGCGAGGCUCAACAAUGCAAAGAAUGAAAACAGUUUCGGGAGGAAGCCUAAGGACGAGAGAAAAUCUGCCCCUGUUCAAGUUGCCUUUGGACAUGGAAGCUCAUCACUCGCCAGGUCGUUUGGCAAUCCUAGAAGUUCAGUUACAACGUUGAAUAUUUCUAAAAGUGAAGUUGCUGAAAACAUUCAUGAAGAUGAUUCUGUUAUGUCAAUACCAACAGUAAAGGAAUAUGUUGAGCCAUGGGACUAUGCUCAUUCUGAUUAUCCUCUCACACUUCCAUUGAGGAGGCCAUAUUCGGGAGACCCUGAAAUUCUCGACAAAGAGGAAUUUGGUGAGGACUCAACCAGUAGAGAUAAUAUGCCCGUUUCCCCUGCUGAAGAUCUUGGUCUAAAGGGAACAAGCACAAAUCCUCCGAUGUUCCUUUUCCAGUUACCCACAGCUCUUCCAUUGGCUAAACCAGGCACUGCUACUACAGAGAGCACAAGGAGAGGCAGUAGGCCAACUGGAUGCACUUUGAAGGACCUCCCAUCAGGCGGUAUAGGAAAAAUGUUGGUAUACAAGAGUGGAAAGAUUAAGAUGAAGUUUGGAGAUGCGCUCUUUGAUGUUUCAGUUGGGGAGAAUUUUAGCUCUGCCCAAGAUGCUGCAGUGAUCAAUGUCAAAGAAAAGCACUGUUGUGUUCUAUCCGAUGUCCCCAAGAGUGUGGUGGUAACCCCAGACGUCGAUUUUCUCUUAGACUCUAUCAAAAAUUCGUGAUCGGUUUUACUAAUAAAAAAAAUUGUGCAUUCUGAUUGUAAUCUUUAUUUAGAACAACUCCGCGAGAGUUUUGAGCGGACACGUAUCCGUUGUAUAUAUCAAUUAGAGUGUGGAGAGUUUAACUAUGUAAAAUUUGAUAUGAUGUAAAUGAAUUUGACAUGUUUCUGAUGGU